UCUGCUAUCCGAGAGAAGCUCCAUAAUUGUUUUGGCAAGAGAGCCUGCUUGUGGCAACUCAAAGUCGCAGAUGCUUUCCUGCAAAAUGACUGUGAUAUUAUCUGCAUCGCAGGGACAGGGAUGGGUAAAACACUUGCCUUCUGGUCACCAUUA